UUCAAAAGACCAAAAUCACAAAGAAGAAUUUAAUAAUAAAGAUAGUAAAAAAGAUAUAGAUUUAUAUGACAAUCAGGAUUUACAAGAUGAAAUUGAAGAAAAUAAAGCUCUUCAACCUAAAAAAAGAAAAAGAAAGACUACUUGUUACUAA